GGGGACAGCUUCGAUACUCUCUACGAUAUAUGGCUUCAUCAAGCUCCGAUUACUUCGCCAUCUUCAACUUCUCUAUCCCAAGAAUUCAUUUAUCGAGCUCUGGAUUAGGCUGAAUCAGAUUAAAAUGGAAGGCAAGCGGAGUUUGGAGGCUGCUAUUGAGGAGCUCCUACAUGUUGAGAAGCAGAUGCGAGUCGCUGAAGACGUCGCCGGUGCUAAGAAGGCUGCAAUCGACAUUCUAAAGCUCUGUUUUGAAGCGCGGGCAUGGAGUAUGCUCAACGAACAAAUUGUGCUCCUCGUGAAACGCCGCGGUCAGCUUAAGCAGGUUGUAACUGCAAUUGUCCAGCAAGGAAUGCAACAUGUUGAUGAAACACCAGAUCUUGAAACUCGUAUAGAGCUUAUCAAGACACUCAAUAAUGUUUCUGCAGGAAAGAUAUAUGUGGAAAUUGAGAGAGCUCGGUUGAUAAAAAAACUAGCAAAGAUUAAAGAAGAGCAGGGUCUCAUAGCGGAAGCUGCAGAUUUGAUGCAAGAAAUUGCGGUCGAGACUUUUGGUGCCAUGGCAAAAACCGAGAAAAUUGCAUUCAUUCUUGAACAAGUUCGAUUGUGCUUAGACCGCCAAGAUUAUGUUCGUGCUCAAAUUAUUUCAAGGAAAAUUAGUCCCAGAGUUUUUGAUGUGGAUGAUUCAAAAGAGAAGAAAAAGCCCAAAGAAGGUGAGAGUGUGGUUGAGGAUGCCCCUGCUGAUAUACCAUCGCUGAUGGAACUGAAGAGAAUUUACUAUGAACUAAUGAUAAGGUACCACUCUCAUCAUCAUGAAUAUUUUGAGAUCUGCCGUAGCUAUAAGGCCAUAUAUGAGAUUCCUUCCGUCAAAGAUAAUCCAGCAGAAUGUAUACCGAUCCUAAGAAAAAUCUGUUGGUAUCUAGUUUUAUCACCACAUGGUCCAAUGCAGUCUAGUCUCCUCAAUUCCACCUUGGAAGAUAAGAAUCUUUAUGAGAUUCCAAAUUUUAGAUUGUUGUUAAAACAGCUAAUCACAAUGGAGGUUAUUCAAUGGACAUCUCUAUGGAAUACCUUCAAGAACGAGUUUGAGAACGAGAAGAAUUUUCUUGGUGGUGCUUUGGGUGACAAAGCUGCCAAAGAUCUAAGACGGAGAAUUAUCGAACACAACAUAAUAGUCGUUUCAAAGUAUUAUGCAAGGAUUGCGUUAAGCAGAUUUGCAGAGUUGUUGUGUCUCAGUCUUCAGGAAACUGAGAAGCAUCUAUCUGAUAUGGUUGUAUCCAAAGCUCUAGCUGCCAAGAUAGACAGGCCAACAGGAACAGUCUGUUUUGGCACGACGAAAGAUAGCAGCGACGUUCUUAAUUCCUGGUCGAUGAGCUUGGAGAAACUACUCGAUCUCGUCGAGAAGAGUUGUCAGCAAGUUCACAAAGAAACCAUGGUACAUAAAGUUGCUUUCAAAGUUUGAUGAGAAGAAUAAUAGCCAUGAUAUUAUUGACUUGCCAUCUUUUGCUGCUUGGCUGGGCAUUGAUGAACCGGUUGUUGUAGUGUUUGCUGAAAAUUAUGUGUCUAAUAACUCCUGGAACGGAUCUUUAACUUCAAAGAAAGAUUUUACUUUUUUGAGAGAACUUU